UAUUUUCAGGUACUCCCUUGGAGAGCCUUAUUUAGUGAGCUCAGCAUAGGUGAAAUUGUUGGUUUUUUACUAACUUCUGCAUGAACAGAAGUAACACUACUACUGAUAUCUUCUGAUUGACCUAAAACGUUCCUCAGAAAAUUCACAGGUUCUGCUACUGGCCCACUACUGGUCCCAGUAAAACUAAUCCAAGCUAAACUUUUCCAGUGUCCAGCAUUUACAUGUAGACCUGUGAGAAAGAGUGGUGAUGGAUGCUGUGCAUCCAUAAUUGUCAUUGUCAGCACAGAGUCGUUGUGUGUGAUAAGUACUUGUGUACCCCUGGAAAUAAAGGUGUCCAAAAUUAGUCAAUAAUUGAUUCCUGGUUUUAUUAUUAUUUUUUUUAAUACUGUCUGUUCUUUCUUGGGCAUCUUUAUAUGCACUUAGUAAUACUUCAUAAGAAAGCUGUUAGGGUUCAUUCACGAAUGCUCAUAAUGUUCUUUUUAUUGUAUAAAAGUGAAGAGUUCUGGUAUUUCUGUGCUAAUGAUUUUGCAUUAAUUCAAUAGUCACAAUAGUCAGAGACAGAAACAAUUCCUUGUUUUAAGAAAUUUUGACUUCUGGGUUUUGACUGUAAUUUUUAAUUUCUUGGCAAUAGGCAAUGGGAAAUCCUAGCUGUAGCCUAUCUUGUCCUUACAUUGUCCUUUCCAAAUACUGAGGAAUUUUAGAAAUAUUUUAGAAAUCAUUAAUGUUAUGAGUAAAAUAAAAAGUGUUAGAGAUUGGACUUUUAACUUUGAAUGUUUUCCAGGCUUCUCUAUUGUUCUACAUUUGAAAAAAAAUGGAAGUUCUAAUUAUGUUUUUGUGUUUCAGGUCUUAAAAUGGCAGCAGAAGAUUCCUAUAUCAUGGGAGUAUCUGAUCCCCAGAUGUUUGCAGUGGAUCAGUUCAUGGGAAUGAAUGCUUUAUUUAACAGUACAAAUUACAUCACUUCAGACUUGCCACUACGAACAGAUGGACCAUAUCUUCAGAUCAUAGAACAGCCAAAACAGAGGGGAUUUCGUUUCCGAUAUGUAUGUGAAGGGCCUUCACACGGUGGACUUCCUGGUGCUUCUAGUGAAAAGAACAAGAAAUCGUACCCUCAGGUCAAAAUCUGCAAUUAUGUUGGACCUGCAAAAGUAAUUGUCCAGUUAGUAACUAAUGGGAAAUACGUCCACUUACAUGCUCACAGCUUGGUGGGUAAAUUCUGCGAAGACGGAGUGUGCACGGUUACUGCAGGACCCAAGGACAUGGUUGUGGGGUUUGCAAAUCUUGGAAUACUUCAUGUCACAAAGAAGAAGGUGUUUGAAACUCUGGAAGCACGCAUGAUAGAUGCUUGCAAGAAGGGAUACAACCCAGGACUCCUGGUGCAUCCAGAACUCAGCUAUCUACAGGCAGAAGGAUGCGGAGACAGGCAGCUAACUGAACGGGAGAGAGAAAUCAUCCGCCAGGCAGCCAUCCAGCAGACCAAGGAGAUGGAUCUCAGCGUGGUGCGGCUCAUGUUCACAGCCUUUCUUCCCGACAGCAACGGCAGCUUCACACGGAAACUUGACCCCAUUAUAUCAGAUGCAAUAUAUGACAGCAAAGCUCCCAAUGCCUCCAACCUAAAAAUUGUAAGAAUGGACAGAACAGCAGGGUGUGUGACAGGAGGGGAAGAGAUUUACCUGCUCUGCGACAAGGUUCAGAAAGAUGAUAUUCAAAUACGUUUCUAUGAAGAGGAUGAGAAUGGUGGUAUGUGGGAAGGCUUUGGAGAUUUUUCUCCUACAGAUGUACAUAGACAGUUUGCUAUUGUGUUCAAAACACCUAAAUACCGAGAUGUCAAUAUCACAAAGCCAGCAUCUGUAUUUGUACAACUGCGUAGGAAAUCUGAUCUAGAAACGAGCGAACCAAAGCCUUUUCUCUACUAUCCGGAAAUCAAAGAUAAAGAAGAGGUGCAAAGGAAACGACAGAAGCUCAUGCCGAAUUUCUCCGAUGGCUAUGGUGGAGGCAGUGGCACUGGAGGUGGUGGCAUGUAUGGAGGGGCAGGUGGCAGUGCUGGCUCUGGGUUCAGUUUUCCUUCAUAUGGAUACUCUGCUUUUGGAGGGAUGCAUUUCCAUCCUGGCACAACAAAGUCCAAUGCUGGCAUGAAACAUGAAGGUUUAUCAAAUUGCACAGCUGAACAAGACAGAAAGAGUUGUGAUAAACAAAGUGACAAAUGGGACAUGAAAUGUGAUGUGAAGGAGGAAACUGUGGAGAGGACUGAGUGCAGGACGUCCUGUUCUGCUGUUAAUGAGAAAAAGGAGGAUUCCGUUUUUUCCUGUAAGACUGAAGUAAGCGAAGCAGAUUGCAGGUGGCAGGAUGCUCUGUUCCUGGAGAAGGCCAUGCAGCUUGCCAGGCGCCACUGCAACGCUCUCUUUGAUUAUGCUGUAACCGGAGAUGUGAAGAUGCUGCUGGCAGCUCAGCGCCAUCUCACCGCUGUCCAGGAUGAUAAUGGGGACAAUGUCCUUCAUUUAGCAAUUAUCCACCUUCAUACUGAGCUGGUGAAAAACCUCUUGGAUGUGAUGCCCGAUUUGAAUUACAAUGACAUCAUUAACAUGAGAAAUGACCUCUAUCAGACCCCCCUGCACCUGGCAGUAAUCACAAAGCAGGCAAAGGUGGUGGAAGACUUGCUGAAGGCUGGAGCAGAUGUCAGCCUUCUGGAUCGCCAUGGCAAUUCUGUCUUACAUUUAGCUGCUACUGAAGGAGAUGACAAGAUUUUGAGUCUACUCCUCAGGCAUGAGAAGGUAUCUCCGAUGGUCAACCUCCCCAAUGGUGAAGGUCUCAGUGCAAUUCACAUGGUGGUGAUGGCAAAUAGCAUGUCCUGCCUCAAACAUCUGAUUGCUGCUGGAGUUAACAUCAAUGCUCAGGAACAAAAAUCUGGACGAACUGCACUGCAUUUGGCUGUUGAACAAGAGAACAUCCCCUUGGCAGGCUGCCUUUUGCUUGAAGGUGAUGCAGAUGUGGACAGCACUACAUAUGAUGGGACAACUCCACUUCACAUAGCAGCUGGAAGGGGCUCAACAAAAUUGGCAGCAGUUCUCAAAGCAGCAGGUGCAAAUCCUCACAUUGAGAACUUUGAACCAUUGUUUGAUCUGGAUGAUGUGAAAGAUGGUGAAGAUGAUGAUGAAGGGAUUGUGCCUGGAACAACACCACUGGAUAUGGCGGCCAACUCUGAGGUGUAUGACAUACUAAAUGGCAAACCCUAUGAGUCAGCAGAGGUUUUGGAGGACUUACUCACACAAGGACAUUUGAGAGAGCUGAAUGAGAAUUCCAAGAUGCAGCUUUACAAAUUAUUGGAAUUGCCUGAUCCAACCAAAAACUGGAGCUCCCUAGCACAAAAACUGGGUCUUGGCAUACUUAAUAAUGCCUUCAGGUUGAGCCCUUCCCCAUCGAAGACUCUGCUGGAUAACUAUGAGGUUUCUGGAGGUACAGUUCAGGAGCUGAUCACAGCUUUGAGACAGAUGGAUCACACAGAAGCCAUAGAAAUAAUUCAGGAAGCACUAUCCAUCUCACGCAGACCGUCUCCACUGGAGGACAGUACAGCAAAAGCUCUUCCAUCAUCAUCACCACUCACCUUUGCAAAUGAAGAGACAGGUGAGCUCUAUAAUAGCAGAUUCCAAGACACUGAAAGUACAUGUGACAGUGGUGUGGAGACCUCCUUUCGCAAGCUGAGCUUCACUUACUCAGACUCUCUGAACAGCAAGUCCUCACUAACACUUGGCAAAAUGGCCCUGGGCUAUGGACAUGAAAGUUCAGGGCAAAGCAAUUACAUAGCUGACUAGUGAUCUUCAACUAGCAAUAUGCAGUUACAGGAACAAAUGGGACAUUUCAAAUGACAUCAGUGUCAUCCUGCCCAGAGGGAAGGGAACU